GUGGUGGUGGUAGUACUGAGACACAGCCCGGUUCACCCCAUUACCCCUGUAACUGAUACCAGCCUUUGCGACCGUCAGUAUGUACAUAAUGCCUUAAUAAACCCCAGUUAGAGGGCGUCCAGCGAUCCCGCGCUCAGAUAAUGCUAAGCGCGGACCCUAAACAAACUUAUUGACGUGUGGCAUUUGACAAGGAUACAUUACACGGCCCGGAUACGCGGAAAAAACGAAUGAAAAACUGAAGAUGGACAGAUACGACUGGCCUUUUGUUUGGGUGCCCUCGCAUAACCUGGACCUUAUUCUCUGUUUGUUGGCUUCCACCACAUCACACGCAGCGAGGGACUUACUGUGGCGGGGUAGACACUGCAUAGGAAAUAUAUUAUACUUGUUACUUCCCCCACAGCACACGCAGCAAGGGACUUAUUGUGGUGGGGAAGAUAUUUCACAGGGAAGAUUCUGUAUAGGCGUGUGCAAGGGACAGUGACGGCGGUGAGUGUGCGAAUGAAAUGGAGAUGUGUAUGAAAUAGUCUGUACUAAGUCUUACUAGAUAAAUUUAAUAAAUCAAUCAACGCCGCAGGUAAUUGUGAAAAGUAUGAACACGAUGAAAGACAAAUUCACGGCCAAAAAAUAAAGGAAAAUAAAUUAAGAUCGCACAACUACAAAAGAAAAAAUAAAUGACUGCAGAUAAUAAAGAGUAUGAGCAUUGAAUGAAAUAGCGAUUCAUAAUAACUAAAAAUACAAGGAACAUCGCAGGUGUAAUGGAAAGAAACACAUACGUAUAUAUUAUGGACUAGAAAAAGAGGUUCAAAUAUAUAUCACUAUAAGAAAAAGACUAUAGCAAAGAGAUAACGAAUUCAACGUCACCUCAACAAUCGAGCUGUUAUCAAGUGAACUACGCACAACACGAUAUAAAGCAAAGCACCUGAAUUUAAAAGAAGGAAAACCCACAAACACAGAAUCGUUAAAAAAAAAAAGAGGAAACAAUGUAAUAACAAUAUCAAGAAAACACAAGUAAACAAAGAGCAGGAAAAACUAUGCAGUGGAUAAUAAUAAUGGAAAGUAAAAUAACUUGAUUGUCAAGAUGAACUAACGAGAUAAAAACAAAAAUACUGAAGAUCUCGCCAAGGAGUAAAAAAGUAGAAAAAUAAAGCGAGAAAAACAACCACCAUGGAAGCGAACACUAAAAUAAUAACAACAAUAACAACAACAACAACAACAACAACACAACGCUGCAUAACGAAUGGAAACAUGAAACGUGGCAAAAACAUGACUCGGACUGAAACAAGAAUUAGCAAAAACAACUGAAAUACAAAAACAAUAACCGCAUAUCACACCACAAAAAGAAGAAAAAAGUGAAAAAACAGUGUACUACGAUUUAAAGGAAAAAAAAUCAAUAAAAAGCGAAAGAAACGAAGAAACAAGAUAGAUGGUGAGAAUUAGACCACGCAGAAGAGCGGGACGGAACGAAGGAGGGAGACAGCAGUAGGAGAGGCAUCAGAAAUAAAGAAGGAAGGAAGGCAGGAAGGCGGGGGGAGCUGGAUACAUCGGCAGCAGCAGGGUGGGCGGCUCCUGAGCACGGCGAGGGAGCGCGGGCGUGACGGUGGAGGCGUUGGUCGGCGAGGAUGGCUGGCGUGAUGUACCAGGGUUAUGCCUCAUACCUGCAGGCCUACCAGCGCCACUCCAAUCCCUACUGCCCCUCCAAUCCCCUCGCCCUCAACCACUAUGAUAAGAAAUACCGGCUGCAGGACGCGGGCGGCGGGGGCGCGGGCUCCUCUCAGCCACCGACGCCCGAUCUCCAGACGCAGCAACAACAGCAGCAGCAGCAACAGUUCGCCGCAGCUGUUGCGUCCACAAGUACCUCCACAGCGCCUCUACCGCAGACUCCAGUAGGGGCGGCAGUGUCAGGAACAGCAGCCGCGCCUCCUGCUCCUGUUCCCCCCACCGCUGCCACUGCUUCCGCCGCUGCAGCUGUGACCCAUGGCGGCGUGUGCUCCUCACCCGUGGUGUCACAGCAGCAGCAGCAGCAGCAGACACCGCAGCAACAAGCUGUCUCACAUGCAAUCAAGACAGACGAAAAGGGCGAGCCGCAACACGCCGACGCCCACUACAUCUCCGCCAAUUGCGUGGUGUUAACUUACUUUAGCGGUGACCUCGCGACGGCCGUGGACGAGCACUUCUCCCGAGCCCUCACCCAGUCCUUCAGCAAGACUAGCAAGGACCCUUGCCCGAUGUCCCAGAGGAACCUCCCCGCCUCCUUCUGGAACAGCCACUACCACGCCGGGGUGUCUGGCUACGGCGGCGCGGGGGGCUCCGUGGCACUGGCAGGGCAUGAAGGCCUGUACCCAGACUACUCCAGCCUACACGGCCUACACCAGGGUGAUCCGUGGGCCUACAACUUCACGGCGGCGGGGCAGUACCCCCACCACCGCUCCAUGGCGGACUUCACUUACAUGCCCUCCUCCUCUAGGUACCCCCACAACUACUCCUCCCUGUUGAUGGGUCGCGCGCCGCGGCUGCCCCAAUGCGUGGUGGGGAAGGCUGACCCCUGGACCUCCGCGCCGCGCCUCCACGACGAGAUGACCUUUGACCCCGCCGCCGCCUACACCCACCACUUCUCCUCCAUGUCAGGCCUGGAGGGCGCCGGGGCCUCGCAGGAAGGCAGCAAGGACCUCUACUGGUUCUAGUCUCAGGACCUGCCUCACCCCGUGCAUCACCCCUCACCACCCGGAGACAACGAUGAAGGCGCAGUGACCAGUGAGCGGUGCCGAGACACAGCGAGAUGAUCCCUUGGCAAGUCUGUGACGCCUGGAUGCUGUGGCUGCGUCCCCACAGAGUGCUCAGCUCAACAGAAACAGUAGCGCUGUGACACGGGACUAAAUGAUACGACGUAAACUGUGUGAUUAAAAAGACUGCUAGUGAUUUGCGUCAGAAAACAGAUGACACUGCGGCCAAAGCCAUUCAUUGUGUUUUGACUCUAACACUUGUGCAGCGCGGAAGACUUGCACUGAUUCUGAAGCAACAGUGAUCCAUGACAGUAAAAUUACGACAAAAUAUUACAGUGUUAGAAAAUAGUGAUUAUAUUAGUUUAAAGGUGCAAGUAUGCUGACGGCGCCGGCACAAUUAGCAGUGCAUUAAAGCUCUCGACGUAAACAGGACGCAUUUUCAAGAGCCGGUAAAGUGUAUAGCGGAGAGACGGGUUUUUGAGAACAGUUUUACAACAGUAGUGUUGUGAUGCCAUCGAAAGGACUGAAACUUUGAAGAUUACUUGUACAGAAAUUUUUUUUUAAAUAAAUAAAAUACUGAAAAACAACUUUAACAUUCGGAAGAAAUAAGACUCGAGGAAUGAAAAUGUAAACAAAAAGACGGCGACGCACAGAAGAACCCAAUGAAAUCCAAACACAGGAACGGACGUGAUAGUGACGGUCAAGAGUGAAGACGAUGGUGAUGACAACAGUAGCAAUGUUCAUGAGACUACAACACCUCAAGCUAUAUUAUUUGAAGUCACUGUUAUGGUGUGUGCAAAAGAUAGAAAAAUUAAACAGUGCGUCGUGUACAAACUCAUAACUCACAUGGGUAAUAAGACACAAUCUCGUAAGUACGCGAGCCGCUGACAUAGUGACUGUGAACUGUGUGAAAAUAGUUCUGGAAAAGUAUUACAUAGUGACGGCGAAGACUGAAAAACACGAAGCGAGACGAGGAAACUGCACAAAGAAAAAACCGCAUCGAAAACCCGGUGACAGAAAAAACUCCACCUUCAUAUACCUAUGAAAUAUAUAAAAAAUAAAAAUAAAUAAAUAAAUAAAUACCUAUGACGAAAAAAAGAAACGGGACGAGAAAACUGUGUAAAAAAAAAAAAUUACUGUACUAAAAUACCUAGGACAGAAAGGAAAAAUCCACCUUCAUACACCAUUGACAAAGAAAAAAAAAUCAUAGUAAGAAAAUACCAUAAAAUACCUAUGAUGUUGAGAUACCACUGAUAGAAAACAAAUAACCCUUAUACACCUACAACACAAUAAACCAGAAAUGGAUAGACCCCCUUAAAUUAAAUACAUACGAUAUUAAGAAAACCCCUUAAAAUGCCUACACUGAAAAAUACACAAAUGAAAGAACGCACACAAUGAUACAGAACCGCCGCUUGUGUAACGCGUGGCGGAAAACCAGGAGCGGAAACCAUCACGUGUGAGCGCCACGCAUUAUCACGAUGUAGGACAGUGCGCGGAAAUGUAUGGAGGAUUCGACUUGCGCCACUUUAGUAUGGAAAUUAUGUGAAAGUGGAGAUAGAAAUGUAAAUGUUUCUUUCUCUCUCUCUCUCUCUCUCUCUCUCUCUCUCUCUCUCUCUCUCUCUCUCUC